AUGAAGAAGGGAGAAUCAGUAGCUCAAUAUGUCGAGCGACUCGCAGAUGAGUUGGAGCGUAAGAUCCUUGAUCUCGGUCCUGAUACAGUAGCAGGCUUCGUGAUGGAGCCGGUCGUUGGCGCGGCACUUGGUUGCGUCCCCGCACUACCCGGCUACCUUAGAGCGAUGAAGCGAGUAUGCAAGAAAUACGGCGUACUUUUGAUUCUGGAUGAGGUCAUGUGCGGCAUGGGUCGCACCGGCUAUAUGCAUGCAUGGCAAGAAGAGGACGUCGUUCCAGAUAUCCAAUUGGUAGGCAAGGGUAUCGCAGGCGGCUAUGCAGCCCUUUCCGCGAUGCUGGUCGGACCAACCAUUGUGGAUGCGAUGGGAGACAACGCCUUUGCCCAUGGCCAUACGUUCCAGAACUUCCCGACUGCUUGCGCUGCUGGUCUCGCAGUUCAAGAGAUUGUUCAACAGGAUAAUCUUCUGGAAAAUGUUCGCGACAAAGGGGAGAAGCUCAUGCAGAAGCUACAAGCUCGUUUGGGCGAUCAUCCCAACGUGUUCGACAUCCGAGGAAAGGGUCUCUUCAUAGGGAUUGAGUUUGUGCAAGACAAGCUCACCAAGGCAGCUUUUGAUCCAGAAGUCGCAGUAACCUGGAGGGUACAUGAGCUUGGUUCCGGAACGGUUGACGGCAUUCGCGGCGACCACAUCAUCAUCGCCCCUGCAUACAACGUCACCGAUGACGACGUCGACUUCAUCGUGGAGCGCAUCACUAAGACGAUUGUCGAUUUCUUUGAGGAGCUCAGCAUCACGCCCAAGUUGUAA